GCAUCUUCUCAUGGCUCUAGUCUCAACGGGAUACUAGCAACCGCUGCGACGAAGCCAAAUGGCAAGGUCAGCCUCCGAGAUCGAAUCGCAUGUCAUCAGUGGACAUGGUUCGCCAUGACAAUGGCUACCGGUGGCAUCGCUAGCGUUCUGCACUCGCUGUCAUAUCGUAGCGCUUGGCUAGACGGAGUUGGCAUUGCCUUUUUCAUAUUCAACAUUCUCCUCUUCAUGACAAAUUGUGGUCUUCUCUUGGCCCGCUUCCGUCUGCGACCAGGUUCUUUCAUGAACUCAUUUACUGAUCAGAUGGAGUCUCUAUUUAUACCAUCAUUUUUUGUCUCUAUUACCGGAAUCAUGAUAAACACUUGUCAAUAUGGAGUUCCCCACACCGGCCCUUGGUUACUUCGAACCAUGGAGGUCAUGUUCUGGAUCAACCUGGCACUCAGUGUCAUGGUUAGUGCUACUAUCUACCUGAUUCUCUGGUCCACCUUAAUUUUCCCUAUUCACAUGAUGACACCGGUCUGGGUGUUUCCCGCUUACCCAUUGCUUCUCAACGCCCCCUUUGCUGGAAAUCUCAUUGCUUCUGCCGUGUCGUCGGGCCAAGGGCUCACCGUCAACACAACAGCCGUUGCACUUAGCGCCAUUGCGGCGCAAGGAGCAGGUUGUCUCAUCGCUUUCAUGAUUUCAUCGGCCUUCAUCUACAGAUUGAUGACCCAGAAACUGCCCAGAGAUGCGCAGCGGCCUGGUGUCUUCAUCUCGAUCGGACCAUACGCUUUUACUGUUGCAGGGAUUGUUCAGAUAUCAAGUCAAGCAGAGGUGGUGUUGCCUGAGAACUUUAUGGGCACUGAUUUAGCUGUGCCGAUAGUCAAAAUCAUGGCUGUCAUGAUUGGCCUUUGGCUGUGGGGUCUUUCUAUGUGGUUCUUCCUCGUGUCGGUUGGUUCAUUGUGGAAAUACGCCAAGCCGGACAGGACAAUGCCUUUUCACAUGACAUGGUGGUCGUUUGUGUUUCCGAACACUGCCUUGAUCACAGCCACGGAGGCGAUGGCGAAGGCAUUUGAGAACGGGGGGCUUAUGAUCUUGUCCUGCGUCAUGACGGGGUGCUUGAUAGUUGUCUGGGCGGCGAUCUUUGUGACCAUGCUCGUAUGCCUGAAGCAACGAAAGUUGCUGUGGCCCAAAGAUGAUAAAUAGGGGACAUAACAGCAGAUUCCCGCCCGACCUAUUGGCAAGUAUGAUCAGGAGCU